GCCGUUCCAACUCUCUCCCCCGCUCCCCCUCCCCCGUCGUCCUCCCCUCCUCGCCGACGAAACCCUACGCGCUCCCAAGCCGCCGCCACCGCCCGCCUCCGCAGGCGCGAUGUACGCCGACAGGAGCUCCGGGCGGAAGCGCUCCGUCAGGGACCGCCUCGGGUCGGGCGGCGGCUCGCGCUCCCGGUCUGACGACGCAAAAAGGUUUCGCCGGGAUGAUGGGACGUGGAGGCGUGAGCUUUAUAAGGAUUCUGGAGGAACCCAAACUUCAUCUGGACCUACUUCCAGAAAUCUUCAAUCAAACAAAAAAUCUCAAGUGGAGCAAAGGAUUGAGGUUGUGAAGAAAUCAUCAGUUCCAGAUCUUCGUGAAAAGCUAUCUGGUAUCCCGAGCCAGCGCCCUCAACUUAGCAGUACUGUUCAGGUCCCAAAGCCUGCAAGAGAGAUCGUUAAUAGCGACAAACCUGUUCAGAAGAGAGACCCCCCUCCAACUGCCGCCCCUCCUGUCAUUAAGAAAGUUAGUGCACCUGCACCCAUACCAGCGCCACCUGCACCGCAACAAUCCCAGGAAAAGGUUGAUGCCUCACUCGAAAGUUUGCUGAAGUCUCUUGAUCUAGAGAAGUAUUUGAUAAAUUUCCAGGCUGAAGAGGUUGAUAUGAAAGCACUGGCUUACAUGAAUGAAGAAGAUAUGAAGUCUUUAGGAAUUCCAAUGGGUCCCAGGAAAAAGAUACUAUCAGCAUUGGUUCACAAAAAGAGGAAGUCAUCGAAAUCAUUGCCUACCAGUUGAGAGAUAUCUUGGCUUGUGUAUUAGCUAGGCAACCCGUUGAUCUUGGAUAUGUGCAACGGCAUCAUCGACCUGCAGAGUUAACUCCACUGACGUGCAAGAUUCCCAUUGAUUGAGACUUGAGGCAUGUAUAAAUAGAGAACUCCGUGAUGUUGGUAGGGUUUUAAGGCAACUAACAGCUUGUUGAUGUAUGGUUCUAUUGCUAUCCGGAUUAUUUGGAUCAUUGGGAUUGUUCCCCUUAAUCGUAUAAACCUAGUUCUUUCUUGUUGCUGCUGCAUAGUAUGACUAUGCCGAUGAAUGUCACCUAAAUCUCGGCACCA